CGACGCUCAGCUCGCCGCUCCUCCAGCUGCAGAGCACGCUGGUUCAUCUUUUCCCGCCAACAGCAUUUGUCUCCAUACCCUCUCCUCGCCAGAUACCCGUCUCGUCCUAAUAGAGCUUUCUGCACCGCUGUCCGUAUCUAUGUCGCACUCAAAGGACUACACAGUACUCCCCCAGCACGUCGCCCACUUGCACAAUCACGAGCGAGAUCCAGAGGUCGGAGUGUACGAGAAGGAGCAGCUGGACAACCCUAGUGAUACGCAACAAAAUGCCGCGCCCACCAUAUGCGGCAUGCCUCUCAAAUACGUCUCGCUAGUGACUCUGGCAGUCCAAAACGCCCUCCUCACGCUCAUCAUGCACUACUCGCGCGUGUCAACGGCGCCCCAGCACACAUAUUCGGCCGGGUCCGCAGUGCUCAUGGUUGAGCUCCUCAAAGGCUUCAUUUCCCUCUGCGUCGCCUUCGCCCGCCUUGACUCCCUCAAUGGCGCUUCUGGUAGCUCAUUGUGGAACCCACGGGUAUUCCGGCCGGAUUGUUGGAAGCUGUCCAUCCCUGCUAUUCUAUAUGUCAUUCAAAAUAAUCUUCAAUUCGUCGCCGUGUCCAAUCUCGAGGCAGCGACAUUCCAGGUCAGCUAUCAGAUGAAGAUCCUCACCACCGCCGCUUUCUCCGUUGUCCUCCUUCGCAAGAAGCUCAGCCCAACGAAAUGGCUCGCGCUGCUCUUCCUUGCGAUCGGUGUCGGCAUCGUCCAGAUCCAGAACGGGUCGCCCUCUGGUCACUCGGCGUCGAAGAACGACAUGAACGCGUUCAAGGGCUUCAUGGCCGUCGUCAUGGCCUGCUUCACGUCCGGUCUCGCAGGAGUCUACUUUGAGAUGGUGCUCAAGAACUCUCAGGCAGACUUGUGGGUGCGCAACGUUCAGCUAUCGCUCUUCUCCCUGCUCCCCGCGCUUGUCCCCAUCAUCUGUUCCAACUCCACGCCGUCGGGCCCUGCUCCAGGCUGGCUCAACCAGCUGUUCGCGAACUUCGGCGUCUGGGCUUGGGCCACGGUCCUGAUCCAGGUCCUCGGCGGCCUCCUCACCGCGCUCGUGAUCAAGUACGCGGACAACAUCCUCAAGGGGUUUGCCACCAGCUUGAGCAUCGUCAUCUCGUUCCUCGCUUCCGUCGCGCUCUUCGAUUUCCAAAUGACCGUCACGUUCAUCCUCGGCUCGACUGUCGUCCUCGUCGCUACUUGGAUGUACAACCAGCCCGAUGCA